AUGAAGAUCCGCUACCCUUUUGCAGGAGGGUUCGCUUUGCUACUCGUAAUAGCGGCUUAUAUUGGACUACUUCCACAUAGCACCGACAGCAACAUUCCGCCAGGACUCCAACCCAAUGAUAAAUUUCUCCACCUUGUCACCUUCUUUCUCCUGUCGGUUGCCUUCUACUGGAUUUUAGAUACCACCCGUCGGCGAACCCUCCACCUGACAUUACUCGUUUGUACACUUGGUCUUGGCAUCGGCUCCGAGAUCGUCCAAGCUCUUUUGCCUAACGACAGACCAUUCGAUCUAUUCGAUAUCGUUGCAAAUGUAGUUGGCAGUCUCGGAGCUGUAGGUCUGUGUAGUUGGUACCAUCGUCGCAUGCUGGAACGUCGCCGAAAGAACCGCUUCGGGGUGGCGGAGGGUACAACCGACGAUGUUGAGCUCGGCGUUGGUAUUGGCAGCAUUCACGACGACGGACUCAGUCCCCAAGAAACUGGCGUGACUUCCCUGGAGCAUGAAGUGGACAAUUGGGAUGAGAACGCUGUUGAUAAUUGGGACACCGAUGAUGGCCCAGGGCCUUCUGAGGUGUCACCAUCUCCUCCAAGCUAUCAAGAUGCCAAUGGUGGCUCUGCUCUAGACGAUGCUGCAGCGAAACGCAAGGAUUAA